AUGGUGAAGCGGAUCCUGGCCGACCGGAUCCGGGCGUCGAUCGAGCAGGGGGAGCGCCGCCAGGAGGCGCUGCCCGAGUACUCGUGCGACAUCAACUGCGAGGGCGUCUUUAUGCGCAAGAUGGAGAUCCAGAACACGACGAAGCGGGCCGAGGACCGGCACUGGGCGACCAUGUUCCUCGAGCUCAACGGCACGGCGCUCAACGUGUGGCACUGCAAGAAGGACCGCGCCUGGCGCAAGGCCAAGGGCGCGCCCAAGUUCUCGGCCGACAACCCGCCGUGGAUGAAGAAGACGGUGCUGGCCAAGAGCUACAGCCUGGCCUAUGCCGACGCCGGGAUCGCGGCCGACUACCAAAAACGGAGAUAUGUCAUCCGGAUAAGGGCGGAGACGGACCAGUUCCUCAUCUCGUGCACGGAGCUCGAGACCUUUGUCAAGUGGCUCGACGCCCUCUUCGCCGCCAUCAGCGUCGCGGCGCCCCUCGAGGACCGCGACUUCCCGCGGGACCAGAGCGUCCCGCGGUCGCAGCGCAUGCGCUGGUUCCGCGGGCAGGCGGCCGCCGCGCUGAACAACCGAUCUGCCGGCCGCCGUCUCGCCGACCGGCUGACCGGCCGGACCGACCCCACCGCCGCAGCAGCCGCCGCCACCGACGCGGCAUCGGCAACCCCGGGCGGCCCAGAAGACCUGCCCCCGCAGUUCAUAGAAGACCAGCAGCGGCGGCAGCAGGAGCAGCAGGCCGAGGAGGACGCGAUCACGCCGCUCCCGCCCCUGCCCUCGGCGCAGGCCCAGCGCCGGCCCCAGCCGCCCACCGCGGCGGCGCAGACGGCGGCCUCGAUCCUCAUGGGCCGGCUCUCGAUGAGCGGCGGCGGCGGCGGCAGCAGCAACAACAACAACGAGAACGUCGACACGGACACGGGCAAGUGGACGCCGCCCAAGAAGUGGACGCGCACGCACGACAUGGUCUACGCCAAGCUGUGCUACGCCGUGCUGCUCUUCACGAGCCCGCGCAAGUCCAACUACAUCGUCGCCAGGGGCAAGCAGUGGUUCGUCGACUGGCCCACGGGCCGCAUGGUGCGCGUCAACCCGCCCGCGUACGGCGAGACCGACGUCCAGGGGCCCUGGCACGUCGUGCGCCCCGAGAGGCCUGCUACCGCCGUCGCCGCGGCGGCGGCUGCGGCGGCGGCACAACAGCAGCCUCAGAGGGCGUGA